AUGGAAAGUCACUUGCGCGGUCAACGGAAUAUCAUCGUCGACAGAAGAGAAUUUUACCUUAGGAAACAAGAAAUAGGUGAGAGUUUCGACGAUUUCCUUUGUGAUAUUCGCGAAAUUGCAGCAUUCUGUGAUUUUUGUUCAUCGUGUAUGGACAAUAGAUUGAGAGACCGUAUUGUUGUUGGCACUCGUGAUGAACAAGCUCUAAAACGUAUGCUAGAGGAAAAGGACCUGAAUCUGCAGAAGGCUGUAGAUAUUUGUCGAGCUUCUGAGAGUGCUAAUGAGAAUAGCGCUACAAUACGAGGAAUGAUCCCACAGAGUAUAGCAAAAGUUUCACGGUACAAAAGAGACUGCAAGAAAGCACCCAACAGUUUAUAUAAAAAUGAAAGAUGCUUUAGAUGUGGAAAAGAUCGACAUUCUGACAUGAAUGUUUGUAAGGCAAAGGACAAAAAGUGUUCCCAUUGUGGAAAGAUUGGACAUUUUGCUGUUGUGUGUAGGUCAACAGGAAAGGAAACUCCCUCUUUGCUGAAAAAGAGUAAAGAUUCGAAACUAAAGUCAAAUGGUAGACUUAACAGGGAUGUACAUAGGAUCAUAAGUGAUGUGUAUGUUAGCAGUGCCAUUUCUCAAGCAACCCCGAAAGUUCAGAUUCACAUUACUCAUCCUGCAGGGAACUCUUCUAUACUAUGGACACCGGAUUCGGGAGCAGAAGCAACGGUGAUGGGCCUCAAUGUAGCGAGGUCUCUUGGUAUAUAUCCCUAUAUGCUUGAACCUUCUAAAAUUGAAAAGCUUUGUUCUGCUGGUUAUCAGACCCUUAAUUGUGUGGGAGCUUUUACUUCACACCUUUCGCUUGGUGAUCGACAAACUCAAGCUGAAAUAACUGUGGUGAAAGAAGUAAAGGGAGCUUUAUUAAGCUGGUUUGAUUCUAUUGCUUUGGGAAUUCUACCGGAGGAUUUUCCUGCUCAAAUUAAUUCUCUUCCCGUACGACUGUCUGUAGAUCCAGAUGAAGAGAAGCACUCAAAGGACUACAAAGAGAAAAAAGACACUACUUGUAACGUAGUUCAUUCUCCUGUUGCACUUCCAAGGUGGCCUUAUGAACGUGAUCCAACUGAAGAAGAAAGGGCAGAGCAUGCUGCAGCUUUGGUAUCAGCAUUUCCUCGGGUAUUUGGUGCCACAAAAACACUGAGGGAGAUGCAUGGAGGUCCCAUGCAUAUAAAGUUGUCUGAGAAUGUGAGACCAUUUGCUGUGACAGCCCCGCGCACUAUACCAUACAGCUGGAGGUCGGAAAUAAAGGAUCAGCUUGAUGAACUUUUGGAGAAAGAUAUUAUCUGUAAGGUUGAGCAUCCAACAGAAUGGUGUCAUCCCAUAGUGCCUGUUGCUAAGAAGCCAAAUGGAGUAAGAUUGUGUGUUGAUCUGACUAAGCUUAAUAAGUAUGUAUGUAGACCCACUUAUCCUGUACGAUCACCACAUGAUGCAGUAGCUUCGAUUAGCACUGGGGCAAGCUGGUUCUCUACACUAGAUGCAAAAAUGGGAUAUUUCCAAGUCAAGAUUACAGAAGAAGACCAGGAUCUCACCUGCUUCAUUACCCCAUGGGGUCGCUAUAAAUUCAAGCGAGCGGUAAUGGGACUUAUUUCUUCAGGAGAUGAAUAUAAUCGAAGAGGAGACCAAGCUCUUGGUGAUAUACCACAAACUGUAAAGAUAGUUGAUGAUGUUCUUGCAUACGAUUAUUCUUAUAAGGAUCAUCUAGCCCAUAUUAUAGCUAUCUUGCAAAGAUACUUUCCUGUACCACAAAAUAUAACAGAUCUUCGAUCUUUUAUGGGACUUGUUAAUCAGCUUGGAAGUUUUUCUUCAGUAAUUGCACAUGAAGCACAACCACUCAGAGAUUUACUGAGGCAGCGUAAUGAAUGGUGUUGGACAACACAGCAUGAUUUGUCUUUUAGGAGAGUAAAGGAAGCACUUACUGCACCCCCUGUACUUGCACAUUUUGAUGCAACUUUGCCAACCAUGUUGCAGACAGAUGCAUCGCGACUGCAUGUUCAGGAUCCUACGGAAGAAAAUUGUUUGAAUGAGGAUGGAUCCACUGAUCCCUUGCAUGUUGCAAUUGUGAACGCCCUUGACAUGCAUGAAGAUGGUGUACUUCUGACACCUCUAAAGGACAAAACGCUGGAAAAGGUACGUGUUGCUGCUGAACAGGAUGCAGAAUACAAUUCACUUCGGGAAAUUAUAAUGAAAGGUUUUCCUGAACACUGCCAUAAUUUGGAAGUAAAACUCAGGCCUUUCUGGAAUAUACGUGAUAUUCUUGCUGUAGAUGAUGACCUAAUUGUUUAUGGAGCAUGA